GAGAUCUGCAAAGGAAACACCAUGGCUGAACCACAGACCCUCUGCCUGCUCUUCAGGGAUUUCUGGGCAAUGCCUGGUGCCAGGCAAAGCGUGCUGAGCCGCUCAACCCAAGCACUUGCCAACCACGUUUGUUGGCUGCUAACACCGCUUUCGCAAAAGCCAAGCACAAGCUGCCUGCUGGCAAAGGCUGAGCCCUGACCUGGGAAAUGGGCUGAGCUCCUGCUCCCAAACUGCAGCUGAGUGUGAGCUGCAAUUACGUUCACAUCUACACUGUGGGUGGUGUGCAAGGUCCAGACAUGACUCCCCAAAAGCACAGACAACUGCAGCAAUUCUCUGCUGAAAGCUUUACAGAAAUAGCUCUCAGUCUCUGGCUGGACACCCCUGAGCUGCCAGACACAAGGCAGCAUGUUUGGCACAAGUCCAUCACCCAUCUCUACCUGCGUAGCCUGCUGUAGGGGAGCAGCUAUGUAGGGGCAUUGGACUCGAUCAUCUCUAAAGAUCCCUUCCAGCCUCUACAGCUCUGUGAUCCUGUGAUCUCUGUGAGAGCUCUGGGAGGGAGACUGGACUAGAUGGUGUUUCGAGGUCCCUUCCAAUCCCUAACAUUCUGUGAUCUCUGCCAUGGAGUGGCACCUACAGGUGCCAAAGCCCCGGGUGGGCCCCAUGGCAGCACCUCCAGCCCCUGGUCCUAUUGCACUGCUCCCGGCCGGGCCAGGGGGCACAGCAGGAACGGAUUCCCUCCGACGUACUCCCCUAGGAGGCCCCAGCUGUUAUGUCUCUAUUCCGGGGGGCACCCAGUAGCUCAGCCCGGACCCCUCGGAGGAGCCCCCACACACCUCCCGCCUCUCUCUUCCCAUUGGCCAGGACAGCGCUUGCCGUGCCUCCAUUGGCUAUCUCGGCUGCUCAUCAGGCCCGCGGGGUAUUUAAGCGAGGCGAGGCUGGCUCCCUAUUACUGCUGUUGGAGCGGAAGGCACAGGUGAGAUAGCUGCAGUUGACUUCACUAUGGCAUCAAAGCAGAUUCCAAAGAAAGAUCAGGAGGCUGAGGAACAGCCACAAGAGAGUGCUGUCAACCGGAUUACCAACCUGCCCUUGCUUAACUCUGCGUUCAACCUGGUCUCAUCUGCCUACAGUUCUACCAAGGAAAUGCAUCCUUGCCUCAGUGGUGUCUGCAAUGUGGCUGAGACUGUAGCUGCAGUUGCAGUGGGCAGUGUGGUUGGUGGGGCACAGCCCAUAUUGAACCAACUGGACUCACAAAUUGCACUUGUAAAUGAAUAUGCCUGUAAAGGACUGGAUCAGCUGGAGGAGAACUUGCCUUUUCUUCAACAGCCAGCAGAUAAGGUAUUCUCAGACACCAAACAGCUGGUUUCCACCAAAGUGACAUCCGCUAUGGAUGCUGCCUGUGAGGCAAAAGAAGCAAUGGCUGAUAAAGUGACUGAAGCUAUGGAUCUUACUAAAAGUGCUGUUGGGGAUGGUGUCAAGAUGACCAGGUCAAUGGUCACUUCCAGUGUUAACAACGCUGUGGAGGCUGCUCAGGGUGCAAAGGACCUUGUAACUAAUAAAGUGACAGAAGCAGUAGACCUCACUAAGCACAUUGUGGAGGACAGCAUUGGAAUGACCAAGUCUGCAGUUGCCAAUACUAUUGUCAAUGCUGUGGAGGCUGCUCAGGGUGCCAGGGACCUUGUCACUAACAAAGUGACUGAAGCAGUAGACCUCACUAAACACAUUGUGGAGGACAGCGUGGGACUGACCAAGUCUGCGGUUACUUCCACUAUUGCCAGUGCUGUGGAGGCUGCCCAGAGUACUAAAGACCUUGUGAGUAACAAGGUGACAGAGGCUGUGGGCCUCAGUAAACACGUUGUGGAGGACAGCGUGGGACUGACCAAGUCUGCAGUUGCGAAUACAAUUGUCAAUGCUGUGGAGGUUGCCCAGGGUGCCAAGGACCUUGUGACUAACAAGGUGAUAGAGGCAGUAGAUCUAACAAAAGUAGCUGUUCAGGAUAGUGUUGAGAAGACCAAAUCAGUGGUUACUUCGACAGUCAGUACAGCUCUGGAUUCUGCAUACAGCACCAUAGCUAGCAAAAUAAAUACAGCCCUUGAGCAGAGCAGAGAGGCCAUCCAGGAGAGUGUGGAGAUAACUAAUUCAGUGGUGACCAGCAGUGUGAGCAAAGCCAAGGCAGUGGGACAAGCAGUGGCAGGUGGUGUCGAAUCUGUCCUGGGUAUAUCAGAAGAUCUGGUGGAUCACUACCUUCCCAUGACUGAAGAGGAACUAGGUGAACUUGCCACUGCUAUUGAGGGAUCUGGUAUGGCUUCUGUGGAGGAGCAGAAACAGCAGCAGAGUUACUUCGUUCGACUGGGUUCCCUCUCUAAAAAAGUCCGCCACCGAGCCUACCAGCUCUCCCUGAACAAGCUGCAGCAUAUUAAACAAAGCACUCAGAACACACUCUCACAACUACAGCUGGCAAUAAAUCUGAUUGAAUCUGUGAAAAAGGAGGUUGGCCAGAAGCUUCUGGAUGGGCAAGAGAAACUCCAUCAGCUGUGGGUGAGCUGGUGUCUGACUCAACCCAAGGGACACCAAGUUAAAACAGCUUCCAAAGUAGAGAUAGAAUCACGGACUCUAGCUAUGCUACAUAUCAUCACUCAGCAGCUACAACCUAUUUAUGAGAAUCUGAAAGUCAGCAUCCAUGGCCUCCCCAGGAACAUCCAAGAAGCUGUGCAUCAGGCAACUCGAAAUAUCAAGAAGCUCCAUACUUCUUUUGCCAGUGCUAAUUCUUUUCAGGAUCUCUCCAGCAAAACUCUGACCAAGAGCCAGAACCGUGUGGCUGAAGCCCAAAGGUCUCUGGAUGUGCUUUUUGAGUAUGUAACUCAGAACACCCCUCUAAACUGGCUUGUGGGUCCCUUCAAGGCAAUAGCAAAGGCAAAAGUGUCACAGGAUAGCAGAAAGGGGAAGAAAGAUAAGAGUAAUAUAAAAUCAUUUGCCUUAGAAGAGGCUGCUUCAUCAAAGGUGACUAAGAUGCCUGAAGAACCAAAAGGAGCAAAAAUGAUUCCGGGGGAAGCAUGUAGAAUGCUAGAGAAGCUAGAAGAGAAGAUAGGUGUGGAAGAGGCAUUGGCUGGGAAGGAGAUAAUAACGAAUGCACUGAAGGAAGAUCCCUGAGAAGUACAGCUGAGCUGAGGCCCCUUGAGUAGAACGUCCCUUAGUCUUCUAAUCAUGCGCCCAACUGUCAGUCACGCUGGGUGUUCCUCCUGCUUUCACUAUCCGAGGAUUUUACAGUAAGACAUAGUUUGCAAGGAGGCUCGAUGACCAAGGUGGGGUGAUUCCAGAUCUUGAUGUAUUUUUUUCUUAAAGCAUGUUAGUCCAAAAAAGGAAGGUAGAGGGCCUAUACUUCAUCUCUUUUAAUUAAGUCAGCACGGCUGUAUGUGAUUGGCAGUUGAUGCUGAGACAAGCUGUGAGUGAGAAGUCUCAAGUUAUUUUUAAUGUUGAAUUAUGUUUAUGACUUCAUCCAAGCUGCAGAGAUCCUAAAAGUUAUGCACUCAGCCUUUGAUCGUGUUUUCCUCCGGAAGUUUUAGAACUACAUGUUACAGAUACUACUUCCCUUCUGACUUCAGCUUCCCUGAGAGGCUGAACCCUGCAGCAGACCAGGAACAGCUGGGGGCUCCUUCUGAGAAGUGCCUCUUUUUUUAUCAGCCAAACACCUGCUGUUUUGUAGAGGGAUUUUCUUGUAAGCAUGUCAAUCUGCAGUGGGACUGUCUUUCCUGAUAGUGAAAAGGACUUCAGGGAUUAUCUGAUUGUGUCUAAAUUAACACCACGAGUGAAAUAUUUUGUGGCUUUUGCCAGGAGUUACUCUGCUGUGUUUAUAGGAGUAUGCUGUAAACAAAAUAGGGAGAUAGGUACUGUUCACUUUUCCCAAGCAAACAAGGCUUUGUAGCUAUUCUUGAUGUUGUUUAUUUUGUACUGGUAUGGCACCACUGAUAGGACUGGGGUAAUGGCAAAAACUUCAGAAUAAAAUUGGUGUUCUUUCCUUUAGCCAGA